AUGAGCCACCUCAUAAAAAAAGAAGUAGUUGCUGCUAUUGACCAAGUCAGGCUUGAAUUUACACAAACUACAGACUUUUUACAAAACGGGCAGAAAGAGCUCAAAUCGGACAUCGAGUCGACUGAUGCAAAGGUUAAGUCACUUGAGAAACAAAAUACUGACCUGAAAAAAGAUUUGAAUGCUUUGCAAAGACGUCUGGAAUCGAUAGAAAAAGUAUCGCGUAGCCUUAAUGUUGAAAUUCAGGGAGUGCCCGAAAAGAGAAACGAGAAUGUUAUGACGCUCGUAAAGAAUCUGUAUAAUGCAGUGAGCUUACCUACUACAGAUACUGAAAUUAGUACUUGUCGCCGAGUUGCGAAGUUACCUACAACUGCAUCGAGCCGCCCACGUAACAUUUUGCUAUCACUGCCCUCUAUGCGCCACCGUGAUACUCUCCUGUCAGCUGUCAAGCGUUACAACAAAUCAAACCCCGGUAACACAUUAAGUUCUGUGCACUUAGGGAUACAGGGCGACAAAUGUCCUGUCUACGUUUCUGAACACCUAUCACCAGAGUGCAAGGAGCUUUUCGCCUUGUCCAGAGUAGCAGCCCGAGGAAAAUACAGAUACGUAUGGGUUAAAUAUGGAAACAUUUAUGUUAGGAAAGAUGAGAACUCUCCGGCGAUCCACAUUAAAAACAAGGAUUGUCUAUCGAAAAUCAAAUAG